AUGUCACAUGAGCAUGCAGUGAGCAUCAACAAAGCCAUCAACACACAGGAGAUUGCUGUCAAAGAGAAGCAUGCCAGGACGUGCAUAUUGGGCACGCAUCAUGAGAAGGGGGCUCACACAUUCUGGCUUGCUGUCAACCGCCUGCCCCUUUCCAGCAAUGCAGUGCUCUGCUGGAAAUUUUGCCACGUCUUCCACAAGCUGCUGAGGGACGGCCAUCCAAACGUCAUUAAGGACUCCAUGCGGAACAAGGCUGACCUGAACGACAUGAGCAGGAUGUGGGGUCAUCUGAGUGAAGGCUACGGCAAGUUGUGCAGCAUCUACCUCAAACUGCUCAUCACCAAAAUGGAGUUUCACAUCAAAAAUCCCCGUUUCCCAGGCAACCUUCAGAUGUCAAACAGCCAGCUUGAUGAGGCGGGUGAGAACGACGUCAAUAAUUUCUUCCAGUUGACGGUGGAGAUGUUUGAUUACUUGGAGUGUGAGCUGAACCUUUUCUUAGGUGUGUUCAGCUCAUUGGAUAUGUCUCGCUCUGUGUCGGUGACAGCAGCCGGUCAGUGCCGUCUGGCCCCUCUUAUCCAGGUCAUUCUGGACUCCAGUCAUUUGUACGACUACACCGUCAAACUGCUCUUCAAGCUCCACUCCUGUCUGCCGGCAGAUACUCUGCAGGGCCACAGGGAUCGCUUCCAGGAGCAGUUUAAGAAGCUGAAGAGUCUGUUCUAUCGCUCCAGUAACCUGCAGUAUUUCAAGAGACUGAUUCAGAUCCCACAACUUCCUGAGAAUCCACCAAACUUCCUGCGGGCGUCAGCCCUCUCCGAACACAUCAGUCCAGUGGUGGUGAUUCCGGUGGAGUCUUCGUCCCCUGAGAGUGAACAUGUAGCAGAGACCGAAGACCUGGUGGACACGGACAUCCCACCUUUACCGAGCACUGUGGAUAGCAAAUUCGACGACCUCUUUGGCACCUCAGCUGCUACAGACCCGUUCAACUUCAACAGUCAGAACGGCAUGCGUAAAGAUGAGAAAGACCGUUUGAUUGAGCAGCUCACAGCGGAGCUACAGGCCCUGAAGGAGGAGCUGGAGUCCUUCAGAUUGGAGAGUGGCCGUCUUUGUCAAGCACUACGGGGGCGUGUGAACGAGCUGGAGGCGGAGCUUGCAGAGCAGACUCACCUGAAGCAGCAGGCAUUGGGUGAGAGCGAGUUCCUGAGGGUGGAGCUAGACGACCUGCGCAGGGUCAAAGAGGACACAGAGAAAGAGCAGCGCAGCCUGAGCGAAAUCGAGAGAAAAGCACAAGCUAAUGAGCAACGCUACACCAAGUUAAAGGAGAAAUACACAGAGCUGGUCCAGAGCCACGCUGACCUGCUGAGGAAGAAUGCUGAGGUGACGCGUCAGAUGACGGUGGCCCGUGCCGCCCAGGAUGAAGUGGAGAAUGUGAAAAAAGAGAUGCAGGACAGAGUGAAAGCUGCUCAGGAUACUGCCAGUCAGGAGGAGAAGGCUCAGUUAGAGCAGCUUCAAGCUCUACAAGCCGAGCUCAUGUCCAGCAGAUCUGAGCUAGAGACCCUGAAGAGUACCGUCACCUCCUCCCAACAGUCAAACGAGCAGCUCAGUACUCAGCUGUCUACUCUAGAGGCUGAGAAGGUGGGGCUUAUGGAGACUGUAUCUCAGAAGGAGGCGGAGCUAGCCAGUUUGGGGGUGGAUUUAGAGCGUGUGCAAAGCAGUCUGACCAAUGAGAGGGAGAGUGGUGUGAAAGCUGCUGAGACCCUGCAAAACCAACUCAAUGAGAAGGAGAGUCGUGAGCAGGCUCUGGAGAGCGAGCUGGUCUCUUUGCGCUGGGCGGCUUUGCGGGCAGCACUAGAGGAGGCGGGGAGGAUCGUACAAGACAGCCUGAAUCAGCUAGACGACCCUGCACACAUCAGCUGCACCAGUUCAGCCGAUUACCUGGUGUCCAGAUGCCAGGUGGCUCUGGACUGCGUGGAGAGACUGCAGUCGGCCAGAGACGGCUUUGUAUCAGAUAACACGGAUGUGUCUGGACUGGUGCGGGCAGUGACUCAGUUCGCUCACCUGGUGGGCGAUGUCAUCGUGCAGGGCAGCGCCACCUCCCACAUGGUGCCAGUGGAGCAAGCUGACGCAUUGGCAGACAACGUGAAGGCAUGUGGCGUGGAGGCCCUGGCGUUGCUCUGCCAGCUCAAGGAGCAGGAGUCUAAUUGGACGGCAGACUGCAGCCGGCUAAGGGCGGCACUGGAUACCGUGAUGGCCUUGGGCGAGAAGUUGCGUCCUCGGGGGCUAGAACUGCAGCAAGGGGAGCUGGGAGAUCUGGUGGAGCAGGAGAUGGCAGCCACAUCGGCAGCUGUGGAGUCAGCUGCCGCCAGGAUUGAGGAAAUGCUCAAUAAGUCCAGGGCGGUUGACACUGGAAUCAAAAUGGAAGUCAAUGAAAGGAUCUUGGCGUCCUGCACAGAUCUCAUGCAGGCCAUCAAAGUGCUGGUGCUGUCCUCCAAAGACCUGCAGAGGGACAUCGUGGAGAGCGGCAGGGGGGCCGCAUCUAUGAAGGAGUUCUACGCCAAGAAUUCCCGAUGGACGGAAGGUCUCAUUUCCGCCUCCAAGGCCGUGGGCUGGGGUGCCACCAUGUUGGUUGAUGCAGCUGAUCAGAUGGUGCAAGGAAAGGGCAAGUUUGAGGAGCUGAUGGUGUGUUCGCAUGAGAUCGCUGCCAGCACGGCUCAGCUGGUCGCAGCAUCUAAGGUCAAAGCAGACAAGGACAGUCCAAACCUUUCCCGUCUCCAGCAGGCCUCCAAAGGGGUCACCCAGGCCACAGCAGGGGUCGUGGCAUCAACCAAGUCCGGCAAGUCUCAGAUCGAGGACACAGAAACAAUGGACUUUUCCGCAAUGACACUCACUCAGAUCAAGAGGCAAGAGAUGGACGCACAGGUGCUGGUGCUGGAGCUGGAGACUCGGCUGCAGAAAGAGCGGGAGCGACUGGGUGAACUGAGGAAGAAGCAUUACCAGCUCGCUGGCGUCGCAGAGGGCUGGGGAGGAGAGGAAGAGGGAAGGGGUUGAGACUCGUCACGUUCUGUGCAGCAGCCCUACAGACGUGGCGCUUGACGUCUUUAUAUACACACUAUCUUUCCCUUCUCCCUUUUUAUUGUACUUUUUAACUCUUUGAUUUCUUUAUUGUACAUUAAAGCCAAAUAAAAGGUGCUUUUUUUU